GGUCAGAAGCCAUUCGAGAAGCCCGGUUGGCUGAGUGGUGCGACGACCUGCAAGAGGAGGUUCUUUCAGAAUGAGGUUGUGAGAAAACAGGAGUUCAAGGCCUGUGGCAUGAGGUACUGCCAGACAGAUGGUGGAAAGACGGCAACAAAGGUGAAUGGAGAGCCCCAUUGCCAAUCCAACCAUCCCGGACACAAUCAGUACCACAAAUGGGUCUUGUUCGACACCCGCUUCGCCUCGAAGUUGUCUCGCCGUUGGAAGCGGAGGAAGAUCCGCGACGACGUGGAGGCUCAAACGUGGAAAGAGUUACAAUGGGCCAACUCGGCGGAGGACUGGAACAGCAAGCACUACAUGGUGCUGGAUGUGGACGAACAAAAUGGCCGUGGACCGGAAACCAUCAGCUUCAAGAACGUCCCGCCUGGACUCUACCAAGUGGUGGUGAAUCAGUGGACGACCACAGGCCGAUCCGUCUACCUCAACGGGCGACGUGUGAAGGUGGAAGACGUUUCUUGGGGGAACCCGCGCGUGAACCUCUACAUCGGCGGCAAUAGCAUCCGCUUUGAGUGUGAGAUCUCGGACGCUUGCAGAAUGAAGUCCAGAGUUUGGAACGUCCUCAACAUCAAGGUGGAAGAUGCAGGGCCACUUGAGGGUUCCACGUCAGGAGAGCGGAAGUACCGGAUUCGGCUUUACGACCGCAAGGAGACCAUGCUGCCGCUGCGCUGGGUGGAGAUGCCCACACGGCGCGCCACCGAGACCUACUACGACAGGUAUUACAACCAAAAGAAGCGUUGGGUCUAUUACAGCAAAGAUUCGGAAGGGCAAGAUUGGUUUUACAAGGCAACGCAAGGGAAUGAGUACACGGAUGAGUAUCUGGAAUCGGUCUGUUACGGGGAGUGCGAACCAGCAGAGCCCGAAUUCAAGGACUGCUUGGCGAGGGACUCCUCGAGAAGACUGGCGAGGAACCACAGCAAAGCGAGUGAGUCGGAAGUAUAUGCCAAAGAUGCCUAGAAAACGCCUUAAAAACGGCGUCGACAAUGGACCGCUUCAAAGCAACGGUGUCCAGCAGCAUCGUUUGGCCUUGAGGUACCGGCGGUGUGAGACACAGAAACCGUGAAGAACGGAUUUCCAAG